UCCUUGGUGAAAUAUUGAAAAAUGUAGUUCUGCAAUACUGUAAGAUUCGGCCUCUUUUUCUCUCUGACAGCGCCUUAAGUAUUACGAAAUGAACAGGCCAGAAUUAUUUUCUUAAGUUGUGCGAAAGACCAUUUCCUAAACAUAAGACUUGGACAGAAGGGCGAAGGAAAGACUGUAUUUUCGCUCUAGGACAAAAAGUAGACUCAGCAAGCCCAGAAGGUGGAAUUCUGACGCCUCUCACGGCUGCGUUCCGCUGUCGGCGCCACCGGAACAGAAAGGGCCGCUCCGGGGCGGGGACGGACGUCCGGCAGCGCCCAGGGCUCGGGCGAGUCCUUUUGUUGUCCCCCCCCCUCGGCUCCCCUCUCUUCCUCCCGGCUGAUGGGCCGGCCCGGGAGGGGGCGGGGCCGGCAGGUGCCUUCAUGAAUAACUUAAACGACCCUCCCAACUGGAACAUUCUGCCCAAUCGGCGCGAUCCCGGCGAUGACGGCAGCAGGUGGAACUACGCCCUGCUGGUCCCCAUGCUGGGCCUGGCCGCCUUCCGUUGGAUCUGGACCAGAGAAUGUCAGAAAGAAAUAGAAAAAGAAAAGCAAGAGUACUACAAAAAAGAGUCGACUUUACAAAAAGACCUGGAAGGCAAAUACCGGGAUAUAAUCACGGAGAAUCGUCGCGCUGUUGCUCAUCUGGAGGUGGAGCUGGAAAAGGAACGCAACAGGACCCUGAGUUACCGUGAAGCCCUCGUGUCCCAGAGCCGCAAGCUAGUAGAAGAGAGAAAGCUCCUAGAACAGGAGCAGGAGAAGCUGGAGCAAGAAAAACAAGUCCUUUUGCACACAGGAGCAGAAGGUACAUUGUACCAGAGUUGCCUGGCAAAGGAAGAAGAGUGGCAACAGAGAGCCAAUAUUUUACUAAAAGAAUUUGAAGAGGGACUGAAAGAAAGACAGGACAUCUACUGCAGUCUUAUUGUCCCCAGAAGUCAGAGACUAGAAAUAGAGAAAAAUCUGCUAGUUAAAGCAGCAACUGAUCCUGUUGCUAUGGCUUUACAUGUGGAGAGUGGCUUAAAAGAUAUUUUCAAACAUGAUCACUACUGUGGCAAUGUGCUGAACAGAACCAGAAGUCAAAAUGGAAAGCUUAUGUGGCUGUAUCUGAGAUACUGGGAGCUAGCUGUUGAACUGCAGAAAUUCAAGAGGGUAGAAAAAGCCAUGUUAGGAAAACGCUAAGUAGGGGAAGCAGAGGGAUUCUGUGAGAUCCACCAUGCAUGGUAGGGACAAUCACAGUUGUAGUCCGAAGCUGUUAAAUUCUUCUGCUGUGUUGCCAUCUCUCCUCCUCCUUGCACUUGUGUUUGCAUGGGAUGUGUGUAGUUCUGGUGCCUUUCCUCUCACUAACAACAGAUGCUCUGGUGAGCUGUGCAUGCUCUUAAACUCUGUGUGUUUGUGUUGCAGUAUAGAGAUACGCCAAAUCCCACAGGUGUCAGAAGCAGCAAAACAGAGCAGAGGCAUUUGCCUCACUGAUGGUCACACUCCCUUAACAGAGAACAGUGAUUUGUCUCCCCCAGGUGCAGCAGCACAUUGUGCUCCUUAUCCCUCACAUUUUACAUAGGGUCUCAACAGUCUCUUUUUUUAUUACUGUUAUUUUUUGAAAAUUUGUUUAAGCAAGACUGACUUCGAGGCAGAUGUUUGGGAGAGACGGUGUUGGAGCCAGAUGCUCGACACAUAAAUCUUACGUGUCUGUAUGUACAAUUAUAUAAAUACAUAUAUGUGUGAGAGUGUGUGUGUGUAAGCAGGUGUUAGUAUUCUGAGGGGGGGGGGAUUGGUUCGGUCCUGUUUCAGAUUAAUUAGUCUUGCAUUGUUUUCCAGCUUAAUAUAUAAAUAGUGCUUUAUGAAUGAAACAUCCAAAAGAUGCUAAUUCAACACAUAAAGAAAUAGACUGAUGCCUCAUUGGCACUUGGGAUCCAUUCUCAAAUACUAGGGAGUGUAUAAACUGAAAGUUAUAUUUUCAUAUCUUUGAGAUAAUUUAAGAAUACUUGUUUUUUUCUCAGUCAAGAUUUUAGUUGUAACCCAACAAUGUGCCACCAUUAUGGAUGUCCCCAUGCUGCUGCUUCUGUGUCCUAGGGCUGCCACCUGGUUUGCUUGCAGGAACCUCCUUGCCAUUGCACCUGGCUGUGCUCCUUGGACAGGCCCUGUUUGUUAUUUGCCGGUGGGAACCUGCAAAUGCAGCCUGCAGUGGUGGCCACUACUCCCUCUCCACCUGUCCCCCUUCUCCCACAACUGAAGUAUGUACUCUUCUGCAGCUCUUAAAUUUUAUGCUUGUGGUUCACCACUUUACAUACACAUGAUCAUGAAAGCCUACAAAUAUACAAGCUUUGCAAACUUUAAAGAAUGGGGGCUUUUUAAUUUAGCUAGUAAAAUAAAAUAGAGAUGGUAAAAAUAAAAUAAUAGGUACGGUAAAAUAAUAUAGGAAAAUGAACAGAUCCAGAUUAAAAAAAUUUAACAACAAACAAACUAAACCAAGUGCAUUUCAAUACCUGAAAUUUCUUAGAAUUUUGAGUAUACUUUGAGUCCUUUUAGCAGUAGGAACCACCUUUUUUUCAUGUAUUUUGAAUUACUUUUUUCUUCUUUCUAGUCAAGCCUUAGACCUCAAAGGGGCAGUGUUUACCCUUUUGUUUAUAACAUCUAGUCUUCUCUGUUACUUUGAUUAGUGUUGGUUGGUUGUCAGUUCAUUAAGUAGCAGCUUAUUAUUUACUGAGGGCUGGACUGGACAAACACGUUUGCUCUAGGCAAUCAUGUAGAACCAUGGCUUGGAAGCAAUCCAAGCUAAGUGAAUGCCUUUCCUGCAGAUGUGGGGUUUUUCUCUUACUGUUUUCUCCUGGUUUUAUUUUAGUCUGAGCACAGAAAACAGCAGAUAAAUCUUUUGAAACAGUGUGUGCAACUUAAUCCAGUUACUAAGCAGAAAUAUCUAACGUAACAAAAUUCCUGAACAGAAUAGAUGUUUCCCAAAUAUUCUGUUUUCCAGUUGAGAUUUUGCUCACCUUGGUAGUACUAAUUACACUGUUGUGUUAUUAAUCCUUUUUUCAUACUGAUUUUUUAAAUAAAGUUUUAGUAGACAAACUUGGAGAAAAAAGAGAGAUCACAAACACCAGAAGGGCCACAGUUUGUCUGGGUGCCAAGCGUGUGCGAGUUGGGAGAUGAGAACGCAAUGGAGUUACUACUCAUGUGUGACACCCUGAGCCAAGCUGCUGCAGCUGGACAUAGGCACACACUCAAAUUGCCCAGGAGAACAAAUUAGUUUGAGUAACAGCCUAUGUGUAAUUCCUUCAGGGUGGAAAGUGACCGUCCAGCUGUGGCAGCCUGCUCAGCUGACUGAGAGCAGAGAGCGAAUCAGUGCCAGUGUAUUUGAGAUUCAUGCCUUCAAUUUGUACAACUUAGCAUUAAGAGAUCAAGGAUUUUAUGCUUUUUCUUUUUUUUCAUAGUUUGUCACUCAUAUCAUUCAAAAUGUUGAAAGAAAAUGUAAUCAAGGAUAAAAUACUGUUUUUUCAGUAUAAAUAUGUACAGUCCAGCCUUACACACUUGAUUGUACAGGGUUGGAUGCAAUGUAGUAAAGGUUUGGUAUUCACUUUCUCUUUUUUAGAAAUGUCAUUUAUUUGUACAACUAAUUGAAGUAUUGUUCAUGGACACUUUGAAGAUCAUUAUAUUAAGAGUGAAGAGUUAUUUCAGAAGGCUUUUUAAAAGUGUAUAACUGGUUUAGAAGUACUGGUCCUGUUAGUUUCUACCAAAACUCAUAUUUGUAGGUAUGCAGUGUAUUUUUGAAAUGUUCCCCCUUUGUAGGUUGUUAUGCUGAAAAUUCUAAUGUAAGUUUUAUCUUGCCCAGCACUUGUUCUGAAUUUGUUAAUUGUUUGGAACUGCCCACGUAUUUAUGUAGAAUGCAAGAAUAAUCUGUUUUCAAAGUAUUUAAUGAACUUAUUUUUGUUAUAAAAUUGUCACUCAACUGUUUAACAAUUAAUAAAAACCUUUACAUAUUUC